AAAUUUUCGAAUCUCGAUUCGAUUCAUUAUGUACAAAAUAUCUAGAAGCUUCAUCAUAUUUGCGGAACAUUUUAUACCCGAUUAAAGAAAAAUGGGCUAAGUGUUAUACUUUUCAGGAGUUUAAUGCUGGAAUGUCUUCGACUCAAAGAGUUGAAUCCAUUAAUAGCAUUAUACAUAAAUAUGUCAACUCACAUUCAACAUUAAUGGAUUGUUUUAACGGUAUACAACAAAUGCUCUCAUCUGAGCUUCAAAAAGCCGAGUAUCGUGAUUAUUUGGAAAACUUGCCUUUCACUGUUAGUUCCUCGUCAGCCAUUCGCGUUUUCCCUGAUAUAGUUGAACUUCUAAAAUCAGCCUUAACAGAUGAAAUUUUUCGGAUUCAAAAAGCUCAGGUUGACAUCUGUUUCGAAUAUUAUUCAAACCUGAUUCCUCCAGAUCAAUAUGAUACAUGUGAUGAA